AUGUCUUUCUCUUUUAAAGGCAGCAGUAAAGGAUUCGUCCCUGUACAGGAGAAAAAGAACUGGGCUGAUGCUCAGAAACACUGCAGACAGUAUCACACAGAUCUGGCCAGUGUGAGGAAUGAGAGUGAGAAUAAUCAGAUCCAGAACCUAACUUCAGAUAAACAAGCCUGGAUCGGUCUGUACAGAUUCUGGGUUUGGUCAGAUAACAGCAAAUGCAUAUUCAAACACUGGAAAAGUGAUGAACCCAAUACGAGAGAUGGCAGAAACAGCAUCUGUGUAUCAACUGGUAUCAGUGAUGAAGGACGAUGGACAGACGAGUGCUGUUCAGAUCAGCAUCCCUUUGUGUGUUAUGAUGAUAAACUGGUUCUGAUCCGAGAGAAUAAGACGUGGACUGAAGCUCUGAGAUACUGCAGAGAUAGGGACAUGGACCUGGUGUCGGUGGAUUCGGAGCAGAUGCAGCGGCGGGUGAUGAAUGUGACCUCGAGCGCUCUCUCCGAUCACGUGUGGCUGGGUCUGCGUCAGUCCCGCAUACUGGGAGUCUGGUUCUGGGUCAAUGGUCACACCAUGUGCUACAAUCAGUGGGCUUCUGAUUACGACACUGGACUGGACGACUGCGAUAAGACGGUCAGAUCCGGAGUCAUUCGGACCCGUGAUCAGCUCUGGAUCAGCCGCCCUGAAACUGAUAGAUACAACUUCAUCUGCACCAAGUGAGUGCUGGAGAGUCACUGAUUACAUGUGAUCCAGAUUACAAAUAUUCAGUACUUGUAAUUAGAUUACACUACAUUUUAAAGGGGUCAUGACAUGUUUUUUAUUAUUAUUUUAACAUGCUCUUUGAGGUUUACUCAUAAUGUUAAU